CUAAAACCCUAAGAUCGGUUCCGUGUAUAAAAGUAGUUUCGGAAUCCUAAUACGCCAAUCCCCCUCUCUCUCUCUCUCUGUGCGGGGGUUGAAGUUAAGAAAAGCUUCUUAAUAUAGGGUUCGUGUGGAAGUUGGAAUAAAAAAGAAACGGGAAAAAAUGGGAAGGGAGAGGGAAAGAGAGGUUCAGCAGUACACGGUAGAGCAACUGGUGGCGGUGAAUCCCUACAAUCCCGACAUCCUUCCCGAUCUUGAGAACUACGUUAACGACCAGGUAUCGUCACAAACGUACAGCCUUAGUGCCAAUCUCUGCCUUCUUCGUCUUUAUCAGUUUGAGCCAGAGCGAAUGAGUACCCAAAUUGUUUCCCGCAUCUUGGUUAAGGCACUUAUGGCAAUCCCAGCUCCUGAUUUCAGCCUCUGUCUCUUUCUGAUUCCAGAGCGCGUGCAAAUGGAGGAGCAGUUCAAGACCCUUAUUGUUCUCUCUCACUACUUAGAGACCGGAAGAUUCCGUCAGUUCUGGGAUGAAGCAGCUAAGAGUCGUCAUAUUAUUGAAGCUGUGCCAGGUUUUGAGCAAGCAAUCCAAGCCUAUGCAAUUCAUGUCCUGUCUUUGACUUAUCAAAAGGUUCCCAGACCUGUGCUUGCUGAGGCUAUCAACAUUGAAGGGCUAUCCUUGGACAAAUUCCUUGAGCAUCAGGUAGUGAAUUCUGGUUGGGUUCUUGAGAAAGGUAAUGGCAGGGGCCAACUCAUUGUCCUACCUCCCAAUGAAUUCAACCAUCCAGAACUUAAGAAAAACACAGCAGAUACCGUUCCAUUCGAGCACAUAACCCGUAUCUUUCCCAUUCUGGGUUGACCUUUCUGGUGCAGAGUAGGAAUCCUAGGUUCUCAAGCAGCUUUGGUAUUUGAAGAUUAGUAGUCCUGGCAUCAUCCUCACAUUCUUAUUCAUAAGUAUGAGAUGCUAGUCUUUGGAGAACUUGCGUUACUCUUGUUAUAUUGUUUUCGGUUUAUGUUGAAAGGUUAAAUUUAUGAAAUCCCAGUCUAGGUACUUUUUGUCGGACUCCUUGGACAAAUUUUCUUUUCUUUCCAAGAGCUUUCUCAUCAGGGUUGUGUAGAAUAUUUUGGGUAAGGGUCCUGACUCCAACAUUGCUGUGUACGUCCAGAAUUGAUACGUGUACAUGCAUAAUUGCUCACCCACCUCUAUGGCGCUGGGUAAC